AUGUUUGUCGUCUUGUAUGAGUUUUACACGUCAUGGCUAAAUGAGUGGGAGAGUCAGGAAGUAUCUGAGGCAUCUCAGCCCGUUCCUCCACAUCCCAUGAUCCUCCCUGUCACCUUCCAGGUGCGAGACGCUGAUUACUUCCCGUUAAAAGAGGCAGGGCAGGAUAUCAUGCACAACUCCAGCACGUGAUGCCACACCCAGCCGUUCGUGGUACUCCGAGCACGCCGCCCCCCGGCGGUCAGCUAUGGCACCCUGUCCACCGUGCGGGAGAUCCCUCCAGACCUGGUGAGGCCCGGGCGGCUUGUCCAGUCCUUUCCGCAGGGCUCCGCCUUUGUCCUGACGCGGUGGGUGUACUCGGUGCGCGUCAUGUUCUAUGCGGCGGGACGGCAGUGGCGUGGAGGAGGUAGGCGUGGCAAGCUGUCCUGCUUCGCCAUUUAUGCCUUCUGGCAGACGCAGGAGGUGCGGGCGUCCUGCGUGACCUCCAGCAAGUGUGAGACAUGCCUGGCAGAGGUGGAGCCUCCCGAGGGCGUGUCCAGCCUCGAGGGGUGGAGUCAGUCACAGAGGAACCAGCUAGAGCUGUACUACCACGCCCAGCCCAACAGCUCCGGCACCUGCCGCAGAGGAAGGCAGGGUGGGUAGACACAAGGGUCAGUCGGAGGGGACCCACAGUGCCUCCUGCUGCUCUGCCCCGUGACUCCCGUGCAGAGGAUCGGGUGUAUGUGCCUCCUGCAGGCGAGGCCUGGCACGACGCCCCUUACGCUCAGGCUCAGGGAGGCUGUGGUCAUCCAAACGUCCACCAAACCGCUCCGGAAGAAUGACAUCGCCUCAUAAUGCAUGUACCUGAGGAACGCCGUUCACCUGAACUCCUCUUCUCUCAGGGCUUUGGUGAAAAGGGGUGUGUCUUUUCAUAUGGCCACGCCCAGCAACUCGUCGCUAUGGGACGUCACCCUGGAUACGGGUUCUGAUGGCAGUGUGGGGAUCAUUUGCAAGAAGCGUUUCAAUGUGAGUGGGGAAAGGCUAGGGACACUUCAGGCGCUAAUGCAGAUGGAUUUUGAGAUGGAGGAUGUCAGCAGCCAAUCAGAGGUCCAGGUGGUCAGGUGGCAGCUGGCCCUUCCUAGUGAUGUCCCAAUGCAAUAGUCUUCCGAGGGCGUCAUGACGAUUUACACCUCCCGGAGGACCUUCAUCGGUCUGGCUCCACUGGUCAUGGACACGGAGCAGGUGAACACGGCGGUGUUAAUGCCAGUCAGAACUGUCGCCAUGGAGACGGAUGGUUCCGUUAAGGAUGUGUCGGAGUUCACCAACUGCAGCUCCACAGACGAGGAAGUCCUUAAGGUUGGGCGUGUGUGCGACUACGUCUAUGUCAACGGCAUCGAAACAAAGGGUCGCGUGCGCAUGCUCGUCAAUUUCACCUACAGCAACCUGAGCGCUCAGCUGGAGAUGAAGGUCUGGAUCCCUCGUCUUCCUCUGGACAUCGAGCUGAACCAGAUCAGGAACUGGAGGGUCCCGAUCACGUCCAACAAGAGGGAGUUAAGAUGGAGCAGUGCGGAGGGCGUGACCCGCGGCUGCACGCUCAACUUCUGGCUCGCCCUCGUUCGAGUCCUGGCCCACCUUGUGGCUGAGGGGGCGGACCCUCGGGACCCUCAGGCCUAUUUCCUGGGCUCUGAUUGGCAGGUGGAUGUCAGCAGGCUGGUGGGACACUUCCUGAAGGUGGAGGACCCCCAGCAUCGCCCGCGUGUGGGGACAGAGCUGAUCAUAAACUCCACCCACGGUGGUCUCACCUCCAUAAAGGUCCUGUCUCCUCUGUCGGACUCCAUCCUGGCGGAGAAGUCUGUGCGGGUGCUGGAGGAGCGUGUGAGCGUCACAGAGCUCGGCCUCCAGCUGGUCAGCGGACUCACACUCACCCUGCAGCUCAGCACAGGCAGCAACCGAGCUGUCAGCGCCACGGCAACCACACAGGAAGUGCUCGACACCCCCAGACAGGAGGCACUGUUGAGCUCAUGGCUCCAGUUCUGACCAUAACGUCUGACCAUAACGUCAUUGGACGAGGCCGCGAUUUCCGUGCGGGAUUGGCCUGCGGCUGUAGUGGCGGUGGGUGAGGGGGAAAUGACGAUCCGCGGAGCGUGUCGGAAAACGAGGCGUAAGGGCACUCUGGCCGUGGGGAGCGUCAGCCUGACCGUGAAGUUGUACGCAGGCGGCGAUUAUGGUAACGACAGCGAGGACACAGACCGCGUCGGAAUUCAGCAGGAGAAGCUGCUGAUUAUACGCUCAGAAGGAGAGGACGCCGCCUGGAGGGAGAUUAGCACCUCCACCCAGGUCAGCAGUGCGGACUCCUCUCCGGGAAGCGUCACAAACCACCGCAGGGGAUGGGAACGAGCAAAUAAGUGCUUGGCAGGGGUCAGUAAGCCCGGGAACAUUCCGGAUAAUGGGAACUUUCUCGGUCCCUCUAGAAACGGCGGAGACCACAGCACAGGGAAUCUCAGCAGCAGUAAUGAGGUUACAGAAGGCACAGGAAGCCUAGAGAAUUACAACUACUACCCUGCACAAGUGGGCGUAGCCAAUCGCGAUGAUGACAGUAACUAUAGCGAUGAUGGGACAGUCCCGGACCAGCUGCUCACUGACCUUGAGAUUGGGGUGUGUGUGGUCUGUGUCUUUUACUUGGCUUUACUGCUGGUUUACUGCUUCUCAUAUUCGGUUAAGCUCAGUCGGAACCAGGCAGCCUCCCGCUUCCAGGGGCAAACCCGACGCCAGCAUGACCGGGUUCGGUUAGGUGCCGACGCGGGGCGGAUCAAGGAAAUGCCAGCCGUCCUGCUGCAAGAGGUCACCGUGGGACCCAGCAGUGAGCCCUGUGGCACUCCGAGCCCAAGGAGCAGCUGCCAUGUGGGCUUGGUAACCAGCGAACCCAGCACCGGGUCCCUCGGGGCUGUAUUUGCCUACCAGCAGGCGGAGGAGGGUCCACUUCAGCACUUUCUCCUUGCUGGAUCGACGGAAUUCACCUGGAAUGCUCCCCGGGGAGGGCAGAGCUGGCACAGUAGUAAUAAUAAUAAUAACAAUAAUAAUAACAAUAACAACAAUAAUCAUAGUGUUGCCUGCAUUACAUGGUAUAUGAGGCAGGGAGUCUUUGUUUCCUGCUUUGGCGGAUGAUUGGAUGUCGUAUUUUCUCUCAUGGUUCGUUUAUAAUCCAGUGGGAGGCACUGAUAGGUUCUCU